AUGCUAAAGGACCCCUGGAAGUGCCGCCACUGGAGUGUCUCAGGGGUCUUCGUUUCCUUUGGGAGGGUUCCUGGAGCUCGCGAAGCCCUUGAGAUGGUACCAGGGCCCCAGUCGCCCUUUGGGAGGUUUCAUGGGGACUCCGCCGCUCCUGGGAAUGUUCAAGGGGCCCUAGGUGUCCCUGGGAGGCUCCCCGGGGCUUCUUCCACAUUUGGGACGGUCCCAGGGGCCCCCGCCGCCUCCUGGAGGGGUCUCAGUAGAACCCACCCGCCACUGGGAGGGUCCUUGGGGUCCCCGCUGCCCCUGCAAGGGUCACGGGGGCUUCCGCCGCUCCCGGGAGGAUCCCAGGGGCCCCCGUCGCCUCUGGGAGGGUGCCUAGGGCCCUCGACGCCCCUGAGAGGAUGCUCACCGCACCUGGGUGGGUCCCAGGAGCCCUGGCCGCCCCUGCAAGGGUCACUGGGAUCCCCAGAAGCCCCUUGGAAGGUCGGAGGGGCCCCACCAACCCGGGGAGGGUCUCAGGAGCCUUCGCAGCACCUGGAAAGUCUCAGGGGCCCCCGUCGCCACUAUGAGCGUCCCAGGGGCCCCUGCUGCUUCUGGGAGUGUCCCAGCGGCCCCCGUAACCCCUGUGAAUGUCCCUGUCGCACCAGGGAGGGUCCCUGGGGCAAUUGUUUUUGUGCUAUCUAG